AUGCUAGUGCGCAUUGCGUCCCUGCUGCACUCUAUCGUAUUCGCGCCCUGGUCCAUCCUUCGGCCUUUCCUACUCCUGGGACGAGUUCCCUCUUCCUCUGCGCGAUCUGCCAAGUCCAAGGCCCGUAUUCAGGCACGAAAGUCUAGUCCAGCGGCACAGACGCCGGCAUCAUCACAGCCGCGGCCCCAACAGACAAAAGCCCAAAAGCCAAAAAUGGAGACUUUGAACGGCGUGAAUGGCGCCGCGCACCCAGCGUCUUCUGAGGAGAAAUCCAAGCUAGAGGAGCAAGCGAAGGCUAAGGCUUCGACGCUCAUAUCCGGCCCCCCCCCUCCCCCCGACCGACAAGUUCUACCCUCGACCCGUGGCCCGUCUUUCCGCCCCAACCCGCCUUUUACUCUGCAGGGAGACCUGUCUUACUCUUACUGGGCGGGAAAGGGUGGUGGUGAUGUGCCACUGCCGGAGCCCCGGGUAAUUUGGAGGCCGUCAAUUGGUCGUUUGGGGAAGCUCACGGAGGAGGAGAAGGCGGAAAUGGAGCGGCAGGCCAGCGCCGCUGCCAGCGGGGCAUCUGCAUGGAAUGCGGCUGGUACCUUCGAGGAGCGGGGAGCGACCUGUUGGGCCAAGUCCCGGUUGACGGAGCUGAUCCGGGAGAGGGAGCUUCCCGGCGGGGGGGUCACCGUGGUGGAUGUGAACGGCUGCGAGGGGGAGGCCAACAUCUUCAUCGUGAGGGGGAAGAAGAGGUGCGGCUUCGAUUUCGAGUUGCAACUCGCCUGGAAGGCUGUUCCGCGACCCGGAGCAAUUGAAAUCCGCGGACACUGCAAGGUGCUCAACUUUUCUUCAGACGACCCUGAGGACCUGGAGCUGCAUCCCGAGGUGGCGCAUCGGCAGCCGGACCGAGCUGCUGAUGAGGCGAUAGCGCUGGACCAGGUUAGGGCGGUGCUGCGGCCCGAGCUGAUCAAGAUACUCACCCAGCUACUUGAGGAACUCAAGGCGAAGUAG